UGCCAGCCAUCCAAACCCCUCCCCUUUGAUUACCUCGCUUCUGUCUAUGCCUGUCUCUCAUUCCUACUCUCUCUCCUUUUUGCUCUGUCUGCCAGGCUGAGUUGGUUUCAGACAGUGCAUCACAAACACACACGCACACACACAUACACGUGCCACUCUAUGUCUCUAGCAGCUCUCCACUCAUCUGCUCUCUCCUCCUCCUUCUCCUCACUCACCAUGGAGUCACAUCACUAAAGAGUGGAUUAUCCCCGUUUUUCCUCUUCUCUCCUCUUCACUUGAUUUGGUGUGUUUGGGUGUCUGUUUCAAGGUGGGAAUGCUCGUGUCAGCGACCGCACUGUUGGGGGCUACACUGGGAACCGUGUCUGGACUGUUGACGCUGUGUGGUCUCUCGCUGCUGUGCAAGAGCUGCAAAAAGGGGAAACUUGAAAGAGGGGACGAGGCAGACCCAGAGAAAGCCAAACCCAGUAUCCUGCAUACUCUGACACAGUUCAGUGUGCAGAAGUCCACAAAGCCCAUCCAGCCUCAAGCAUCUUUGAAGUUUCCUGAAAUCUACUGCCCCAAACCUUGUGUCACUUCUCAAGAGGUAAUAAACUACAAAGAACAUGGAGCUGCCAAUGACACGUCUGCUGCAGCGCUCGACACCUGUAACCAGGCAACCGAUCGCGAGGAUGUCUUCUCCCUCCCGCGGCAAGCUUCCACAGAUGAAACGCCCUGCACAUCUGAGCAAACUGGUGCCAUGACGAAAAGUAGCUCUAUCCUAUAUCCUAAACUACAUUUCUCCAUCAGCCUGCACAAAGAAAAUGAAGAGCUACACAUCAGCAUUGUAGAAGCGGAGAAUAUAUCAGUGGAGGCUGGAUGUGAGGGAUAUAUAUCAGGGUGUGUGAGCGUCUCUGAAGAGCAGAGGCACGCUCAGACAGCCAUCCACAAGCUAGCCGCACAUGUGCAGUGGGGAGAGGAGCUGGUGUUUGCUCUCCCCGUGGAGGGCACAGAAGACACAGACAGUCUAGAUGGAGAAGUGGCCCUCUCACUUCACUGCUGUGAUCGAUUCUCCCAUAAUUCCACUCUGGGCACGAUGCGCUUUAAGCUGGCUGAUAUAAGCAUGAUGCUGGAUGCUGAUUGCUGGGUUGACUUACAGCCACCUAAACAGCAGGAAGUGGCAUCAUCAUCUGGAGAGCUUCUAUUGUCACUCAGUUAUCUGCCAGCAGCCAAUAGACUUGGGGUGGUGGUAAUGAAGGCAAGAGGACUACAGUCAGACAAACUGAAAGAUAACAUAGAUCUAUCGGUAAAGCUGACCUUGAAACAUCUAAAUGCCAAGCUGAAGAAGAAGCAGACGCGGCGAGUGAAGCACAAGAUGAAUCCGGUCUGGAACGAGAUGAUGAUGUUGGAGCUGCCCAGUGAGUUACUGGCUAAAUCCAGCGUUGAAUUGGAGGUACUGAACCUGGCCAGUCCCGGGACCCUUCUCCCGCUGGGCCGCUGCGUGCUGGGUCUCCGCACCUCUGGGACCGGCCUGCAGCACUGGAAACAGAUGUUAGAUAAUCCACGCAAGCAAAUUGCUAUGUGGCACCCUCUAUACACCUAGAAUACAGGUUCAUAUUCUGCAAAACUUCACCUGCACACAAUGAUUGGUUAAAUGUGUGGUUGGAUUUUUAGGACACUACUCUAUUGCUGUGUAAAAACAUAGUACUCCAAUAUAAUAAAUAUUUAACUAGAUAUAAUGCGUGAACCCAGUUGUUAUAAUUUUGUAAUAUGAAACCAUUUUCUCUGCAGUACUAAUAUUGUUACACAGUAGUUUAGAGUAUUUUAAUGUAAGCAGUGCUGCAUUUAGCUUUGCUGUUGUUAAUGAGUCUUUAAAUUACUCACUGCUAUUUUAAACUGGUCCGACUUGGUGCCAUCCUCAUCUCCUAACACUUGUCAGAUAUAAAUAUGACUGAACAGCCCACUCAGUCAAUAUCAUAGUGACCGAUGGGAGAGAGAAGCAACGGCUCAGGUCUGAUGUGUAAAGCCUGGCUGGAUUAGAUCAGGAGAAAGGUUAUACUACUGUAUCUAACCAGGUUUGGCAGAACAGAUGUCCCUCAUAACUCAUCCUGAAUAAACAAUCACAACAAAUAUUAGGUUAAAGCAUUGUUUGUCAGAUGAAGCCCUUAUAUGAUCCACAGGCAGGGUUUUUCUGAGCGCAUCAGAAUACAGAAAUCAGUCUAUUGUGGUCGGGAACACUUAGAAAAACAUUUGAAUAUAAUUCAUUUUUAAGUUUAAUAGCAAGCAGUGUGGUUUCCCUCCUAUGAAAGCUUAUGGAUCCGCUUAGUCACACUGUCACAGCUGGAAAGAUGGAGCCCUGCACUGACUGUAGAUUGUGGCUGGUACCUUUACAGCAGUAACACACUAAAUUAAUAUACAGGGUCUCAAUAGUGCAGCUUUAGUCUCCUCAAGAUGCAUGAAUACAGAAAAAAAGUUUAAAUGGACCACUGUCUUUUAAUUUCAAAAAUGUAAAUAUAUAUAAACAGCAGGAUAUGUAUACUAUAUACCAUAUGUGUAUUAGGAUAAAGUAUCUCAACAGGUUCUGCCAGGCUCCAGGAAAGUUACUUUAUACUCUUGAGUGUAAUAGAAGAUGGUGUUCUCUGCCAUUAUUGUACUUUAGGACAUUUUAGAUGACAAAAUUAAACUCAUAACUGUAAUGAAAAUUACUCAGUUUGGAGACCUAUGAAAGUCUGUUAAAAAAAUAGAUAAAAUUAAAAAAGGUAAUUGCUCAUUUUAUUUCACUUAGACAAUUAGACGGACAAUUUGUUCCCCAGAACUGCGAGAAACAAAAUCUAAAUUGUGAAAAAAAA